AUGCACGAUAACAAGUUGACGGCAGCAGCGCCUCAUGCCUUGUCGGAUGGCACUGGCGAUUCAGGAAUAAUUUCAGCUUUGGGUGACGAUGAAUUCGACCCGAAUUUGCUUCUAGAAGCGCUGGACGGAGAUUUCGAAGGCCUUGGUCUACCAUCUCUAUCUCCUGCAGUCCUAGAUCCCAAUACGGUGUUUGGGGAGACGAAGAGGAAGCGAAGGAAGCAGCUGAGGCCGAAUAAAGCUCGUGAAGAGCGCCGCUUCCAGGUGGAACAACUACGAAAGGAAGUGGAAGACUUGGAGUUGACACUGAAACAGUGGCAGGAACGUCGGCGCAGGCUUCCCGCUAAUUCGAACAAGGCCAAUGAAUUCGCCAACCACAGAGAAAUAAGUGAUGUCCCCGCUGUGUGGGAAGAUAUCUGUAAAAACCAACUCUGUCGACGACUGAAGGCUGAACGAGAAAAUAUUCGCCUUAAGAACCAAUACAACGAGGAAAUACAAGUCGUCAAGAAGGUCGAGAAACUGCUAUACAAACGAAACAUUCAGCGGAAUGCGAUGCAGUCCAAUGUCACGAAACUCAUUCGACGCACGAAUCUGCCACCUGGAUACAUCCAGCGCAUGGCCGCAGCUCUUUUUGAAGAGCUCUCAGCAGGUAUCGAGAUCUGCUACCUUUUAAACGAAUCCGUACUUGGUGCAAAUACUACUGUUCCUACUAGUAUGGCGUCACGAAUGCCAUUGCUACGUGGAGGACUGAAGGGCGAAGAGAGAACACUCUUCGAUAGAAGGAUUCUUCCUUUCAGUAUGCACAACAUUAGUGAGGCUUGGUGGCGAGACUGGCACAACUACAAGGGUCAUAAGGAGACCCCUGGCGACGUUGUCGUAGAGAGCUUUGGAUUGGAAAUGAGUGACUUCAAGACCAAUACGUCUGUCUUAUCUUACGGGCAGCAGAUCCUAAGGCGGGAUAUUGAAGACGACCAAAUCGUGUUCGUCUGGAACGCUUAUCUGGAGCCGUUCAUAUACGACAAUGAACAAGUCGGAGGCAUUUAUUUCCUGGAGCAAUGUCACAUGAUCAUUAAACCGGAGGCUGAGGACACUACGACUAAUGAAGACGAGCUCGCUUCGUGCAUGUCGAGCUGUUACGUCAUCACUCCGUACUUCUUGGAUUCAACACUUGAGAAGGACCCUAGGAUUGCAGCUCUGGUUGAUUUCCUGGUGGGCGCUCUGUUCUUCCAUAUGAAGGCCCAGAACGAUACGGUAGAGGAUCUACUCCUCGAACAAGCUCUACAGAGUCGUACAUGUACCAACAAGUGA